AUGGACAAGCAAAAAUGUGAGCAGUACUGGGCAGACGAGGGAAUGAAGCAGUUUGGCGAAAUACAAGUGACAACGCUAGAUGAAGUCCAAAGAAAGGACUCUUUUGUGAGAAAUCUGCAGUAUUGUAAAGUAGGCCAUCCGACAGUCCAUAGUGUAAAACAGUUCCACUUCACUGGUUGGCCAACUAACGGCGUACCUAUUGACCCGACAGCUUUGGUUAAAUUCCGAGAGGAAGUUGAGAAGCAUGAAAUCCUAGUUGAGGACCAAGGACCAGUUGUUGUUCAUUGCAGGGACAGGGUUGGAAACACUGGCACUUUCAUCGCACUGGACUAUCUGUUUGAACAAGCGCUGGCGGAGGGAAAGGUCGAUGUUUUCGGUCUCGUUCAGUCAUUGCGAGCAUCUCGACCGAAAAUGGUACAGACAAAGGAGCAAUAUUACUUCAUACAUGACACAUUGUUGGAAGAACUGCAUUGUGGCAUUACCUUCAUAAGACUACAGGAUCUUGAGGCUCGUUUGCGAAAACUGAGACAAAGGAACAAGACUGGACUGACCAAAAUGGAAGAAGAGUUUGCUGUAAGUCACGGACAAAAUGUUUGUUAA